CAUCUUUCUCUACUUGACUACUACACAGGGUUUUAAGGGUUUUUCUUACUUCCAAUUCUCGAUUAUUGAUUAGGAAUUUUGAUUUGAAAUUGGGCCUUUACGAAAUCCCAAUUCUUAGCUCACAAUUCUCUGUGGAAUUACUGUAUCUUUGAUUUCCAUAAUUUCUUGAGGAGGGUGAAGAAGGAGCAGGAAUGGGUGUACAGAGAAAGGGUGCGACUAGGGCUUCAGAGGACCCUGAGGAACUGUCACGUGUGCCCUUGCAGGCCAUCCUCUUGGCUGAUAGCUUCGCCACCAAGUUCCGUCCCAUCACCCUCGAACGCCCCAAAGUAUUAUUACCAUUAGUAAAUGUCCCGAUGAUAAAUUACACCUUAGCAUGGCUUGAAUCUGCUGGUGUUGAAGAGGUUGUUGUCUUUUGCUGUGCUCAUUCCAAGCAAGUGAUUGAUUAUUUGAAGAGUUCUGAGUGGUUUUCUCAUCCGAACUUCUCGGUCACGACGAUAGAGUCCCACAAUUCUAUCAGUGCCGGUGAUGCUUUGCGAUUAAUUUAUGAACGCAAUGUGAUAAAUGGAGAUUUCGUCCUUAUUAGUGGAGAUACUGUGAGCAACAUGUCACUUACACAGGUGCUUAAAGAACAUAAGGAGAGAAAGAAGAAAGAUAGUAAUGCUGUAAUGACCAUGGUUAUUAGACGGUCAAAGCCUUCUCCAAUUACUCGCCAAUCUCGACUUGGUACUGAUGAGCUGUUUAUUGCAAUAGAUCCUAAUUCCAAGCAGCUUUUAUAUUAUGAGGACAAGGCAGACUUUUCAAAAGGGGUGAUAUGUCUUGAUAAGAUGCUGCUCACUGAUAAUCCAUCAAUUUCUUUACACAACGAUGCACAGGAUUGCUAUAUUGACAUCUGCUCGCCAGAAGUGCUUAGCCUUUUUACAGACAAUUUUGACUAUCAACAUCUACGACGCCAUUUUGUCAAGGGAUUGCUUGUUGAUGAUAUUAUGGGCUACAAAAUAUUCACUCAUGAAAUUCACUCAAGUUAUGCGGCUAGAAUCGAUAACUUCCGAAGCUAUGACACUAUUAGUAAAGACAUAAUCCAGAGGUGGACAUACCCAUUUGUGCCAGAUGUUAAGUUCUUUGGGAACUCUGCCACCAAACUUGAAAGACAGGGGAUGUAUCGAGCAUCGGAAGUAGUGCAAUCUCGUUCUGCAGAAAUUGGUCCUUUUACCGUUAUUGGAAAUCGUACCAAGAUUGAGAGCAACACUAAAAUUUCAAAUUCAGUUGUUGGGGAAGGUUGUACUAUAGGAUCAAAUGUUUCAAUAGAAGGUUCCUAUAUAUGGGAUAAUGUCAUUAUUGAAGAUGACUGUAAGAUAAUGCAUGCAAUAGUAUGUGAUGGAGUGGUUAUGAAGUCAGGAGCAGUUUUGGAACCUGGCGUGGUUUUAUCUUUUAAGGUUGUAAUAGGGCAGCAAUUUGUUGUUCCUUCAUACUCAAAGGUAUCUUUGCAUCAACAGCCGACUAAGCAGGAUAGUGAUGAGGAGCUGGAGUAUGCUGACGAUAGCAGUGGGGGUGUAGAAUUUUCACCCAUCACAAGUACAUUGGAAGGGUCAAAAGAGGCGACGACAUCCCAAUUAUUGGAGAAACAAAGUCGGCCUACUUAUGAGCUUGGUACAGGUGGGGUUGGAUAUAUUUGGUCAUUAUGUGAAGGAAGCCAUGAAGAAGAAUGGAGACAUUCAAUUGCGCCGAUUCCUGCAGAUAAGCUUGCUGAGGCAAUGCAAACUACUGACAAUGAUCUGGAGUUAUUAACCCAAGAUGGCAGUGUUCUCCCGACUGCGGGAGAGUUAAAACCUGACUCUAACAAUUCAGAUGAUGAUGGUAAUGAAGAUUCCAGAGAUGACUCCGUCUACUUUGAGAAAGAGGUUGAAGCAACUUUUCUACGGGCUGUGCAUGAAAAUAUUAAAGAAGACCAUGUAAUCUUAGAAGUGAACUCAUUGCGGUUGUCAUACAAUAAGUUAUGUGCAGACUGUGCUGGAGCUAUAUUUUAUUCAAUGAUGACAUUGUCAUUAGAAGCUCCGCGUAGCUCACCUAGUGAAUUGUUUAAUAAUGCUGUGAAUGUAAUUACAAAAUGGAAAAAAGUUCUGAAGUCUUACCUGACUGACAUUGAUGAGCAGAUUGAAGUAAUACUAAAGUUUGAAGAAAUGUGUUUGGAAUCUGCCAAGGAGUUCUCCCCAUUGUUCGCAAAGAUAUUGUGGCUUCUGUAUGACAAAGAUAUUAUACAAGAAGAUGCUAUUCUAAAGUGGGAUGAUGAGAAAAAAGACGCUGAUGAUUUAGAUAAAGUUUUUGUUAAGCAGUCGGAAGAAUUCAUUAAAUGGUUGAGAGAGGCACCCGAAGAAGGAGACGGAGAAGACGAAGAAGAUUAGAGAGGAGGUUAUUUGUAGAUCUAAUUUUGUGGGGGGUGGGAUAUCCUGUCAUAAAUAUGGAAUUGAUGUAUCAUCUUUCAGGGGUGUUGUAUUGUGGGGG